GGGCAGUACCUUUUCAAAGGUACACUAUUGUACCUAUUAGGUGUUGAGGUGCCCUCAGCCCAUAAAUACAUACUGAAUACACAUACGCAACGAAUACAUAUUAUAGAGCAGCGCUUUUCCAAUUAUUUCGUUUCUGUUUCAUCUGUCUGCUCCCCCCAACUUCAAUGAACCACCCUCAAAUAGAAAAUAAUAUUGAGUUCAGAUAUAGAAAGGCUUUGUGGUUCCGGAAUGUUCCUGUGAAAGGGAUGGGUGGUGGACCCACCCCGGGGCAAAAAGACAAGAUCAGAGGGAAAGAGGGGAGGGUUGCGGAGGUCUGCGACCCACCGAGGAGGCUAUGACGCAAAUAAUAUUGUUGAAUGAGAAAGAUAAAUUGUGUCUGAAGGUUGCAUAAACCAAACACAACCUCCAUACCUGCAAGUGGAAAGAAACAUAUUUUUGGUUCAUAACGCAUUAAAAAUGAUGCUGCUUACCAUCAUUUUGCUGUUGUCAGUGACGAAUGGUGAUACAUAUCCUUCAGGGAAUUUUCAGUACUAUUUAGAAGAUGAAACUCCUGAAGAAACAUCACUCCGAAGUCUCAGAGGAAGCGACACUCGUCCCACAGCUGGAUCUCCUUCUCCAAAGCUCUCAGUGCUUUUCUCCAUGGGUGCAGGUCCUCAGAGAAACACCUGGUGGUGGUCUCCAGAAAGGCCUUACACAAAAAGGAGGCAGAAUGUCGCGUACUACAAUCUCAAUUCCUUCGGUCUCCGCUAUGGAAAGAGAGAACAGAGCGUGCUUGCGGGGUUCAAACAGAAGAUACCUGUAAAGUGAGGUCCACUGGGCCUAUUUAAAUUAUGCAUAUUGUUCUUUGAGGUUUUGUACAGAUAUUCUCAUGUAGUCUUUGUGAUAAUUUAAUCAUUUUAAUGUACUCAAGUUGGUGUACUGUGGAACUGAUCUGCAGGCAUGCCAUUAGUGGAAAACUUUAGAAGACACUAGUUUGCUAGUAAUUAAUAAAAACAUUUUUUUGUCAAACAACCUGAAUAAAAAGACUUUUAGAUAACGUUUAACAGAAGGUAACAGAAGGUGAAAAUGUUAUUUAAUAUGACUGAAUCAGAAACUUUUUUUCAUGGUUGUGUACUUCCUGUUAACACUUGCUGAUGACAAGCCUAACAUUCUUUAAAUAAAUCUUGUUCUCAG